UACUUCCACCAUGACUUCCACAUGCUACCAGAAGUCACCGGGCUCUGCUGCCAGCUGCGUGCUUAAUUCAGGUGUUAGUAGCUGUUAAGCUAACCAUAUUUAAUUGGAUUCACUACCUGGCGACCGGAUAAAUCCAGGCGUGCUUCUAACUCCAUCUGAGAAAGAAAAUCCCCAGAGGAGGAAAUUGUGGAUUAUUACUAAUAGAAGCUCAGCUGUCUGCUGAUGGAACAAACACUGGCUACCAUCAAAGUUCACAUGUGGAACUGUUCAUCAAUGUGCUGUCACCAGAUUCCAUUCUGAUGGAGCGAGCUGCAGGACGCUGACCGAAAGAGCCCUGGUUUGAAUAAUCUCUUACUGUAGCAAAAGGUUGGAGACCGCUGGCGCUUAAGGCACCUGGACAGGCGGAGGGACAGACGCUACGGCGCAGUGUGUAGUGUGGACUCCAAAACAAGAGACAGGGAGCUCCGUUUUCUCUACUUUCGCUGUGAGUAGAGGUAUGAAAUAGCCCAGAGAGGGGUGUGAAUCUAUUUUGAUGGAAGCUGUCCGUAUCCCUCUUCACGAAAGACUGAGAUCAUCGCGGAGCUUCCCUCGCCUUUCUCUCCGAUCCAGCCUGCGAUGAGUUUCUGCGAUCGGCAGAAGUUACCGGACGAGACCCGUUUCCUCUAAAUCAUCCAAACCUUCCUUCUCAACGGGACAUACCUAUAGUGAUUAUUUCAGAUUAGACCUUAAAAAAAGACUUCUUCACCCCCGAGUGGGAUCUACACUUUCCUCCUCUCAUUCCGCGGAAGAAGUGAGGAAACGCUGCUGCCUCCGAUUUCCUCCCCUCCUUGCACUGGUUUCCUCUCCAGCUCGGUCGCUAUUUUUGAUCUCUGCAUGAAAAGUCAAGCGGAAAGUCCUGCAACAGCAUGCCGAGGAGAAAGCAGCAAGCACCGCGGCGGUCAGUAGCCUAUGGACCUGAUGAUGAAUUCAAGGUGGAUAAAACUGAGGAUGAUGAACAUAUGCAAGAUGAUGGCCUGUCCCUGGAUGGUCAAGAUGCAGACUAUCUCUUCAAUGAUGAUGAGGACGCAGGAGAUCGUUUCAGCUGCCAAAACUCUCCUCUCAGCAAUGGCACAAACCCAGAUGCUGGGUAUGCGUCUCCUCUCAGCACCACCAGUGAUCAACUGGUGGACCAUAAAACCACAUCCUCCUUAGGUGAAAAUGACAAGAUUGUGGAGAAACAAGGAGAGAGCACAGAGUCCAUCAAUGGCCUCUCACUACAGGACAGUCUGGCACAAAUGAAAGCAGUCUAUGCAAACCUGAUCUCUGAUGCUUCCUGGUCCAGCAUUGCUCUCGACAUGCUUAAAAGUAAACAUGGGAACAAUUACACAGCGAGCAAUGGGAAUAGUGGUAGCAAUCAUAAAGGGAGCAAUGGAUUUUUAAACAGUCACAGCCCAGGCAACACCAAUGUGAAGAGCAGAUGUAGCUCAAGCAACGCCUCAGCCACCACUGAUAAUACCACCAGCAGCACUGCCACCAAAACAGUUUCAAGCAACAGCAGCAGUGGCACCAGUGUAGGCUCUGGCAGCGCAGGAUUAGCCUAUGACUGGCAUCAGGCAGCCUUGGCUAAAACCCUGCAGCAUACCCCAUACCAGCUCCUUCCUGAGCCAAGUCUGUUCAGCACCGUUCAGCUUUACAGGCAAAACAAUAAGCUCUAUGGCCCUGUGUUUACAGGUGCCAGCAAGUUCAGGUGCAAGGACUGCAGUGCAGCCUAUGACACUCUGGUAGGCCUGACGGUGCAUAUGAACGAAACAGGCCACUAUCGUGACGACAAUAAGGAUACAGAGGAUGAUCGAAGCAAGAAGUGGUCAAAGCCACGUAAGCGUUCUCUGAUGGAGAUGGAGGGCAAAGAAGAUGCCCAGAAAGUUCUUAAAUGUAUGUACUGUGGCCAUUCCUUUGAAUCCCUUCAAGACCUUAGUGUUCAUAUGAUAAAAACAAAACACUAUCAGAAAGUGCCUCUCAAAGAACCAAUGCCAGCCCUUACCUCAAAGCUGGUACCCCCAACCAAAAAAAGAGCAUUUCAAGACUUAAUGCUACCCCCAAGCUCGCCUGAGUCUGUCUCAUCUGGUAUGCACCUAGGAGACUCUCCCAAAGACCAAAAAGUGGCAAAUCCUUAUGUUACCCCAAACAAUCGAUAUGGUUACCAAAAUGGGGCAAGUUAUACCUGGCAGUUUGAGGCUCGCAAGGCACAAAUUCUCAAAUGCAUGGAAUGUGGCAGCUCGCAUGACACCUUGCAACAACUGACAGCCCAUAUGAUGGUCACAGGGCACUUUCUCAAAGUAACUAAUUCAGCCUCCAAAAAGGGUAAGCAGUUGGUCUUUGACCCUGUUGUUGAGGAAAAAAUUCAGUCUAUACCUUUACCACCAACUACCACACGACUUCCAGCACCAAAUGAGAAGUCACAGCCAGAGUCCCCACUGCAGCCUGCAAGCCCUGAGGAGGAAAGUGAAGAAAAGACAGAUAAAGAGGCAGAGGAAGAUGGCUUGGAAACUAGGGAUUCUGAGAGAAAAAUCAAAGAAGAGAAAGAAGAUCUUACAGAAAAAGCUGAGAAGCCACGAAAGACAAGAUCUUACCAAUAUCUCAGAGAAGAAGACCUUGAAGAGGCGCCAAAAGGAGGACUGGACAUCCUAAAGUCUUUGGAGAAUACGGUGUCAAGUGCAAUCAGCAAGGCUCAAACCGGCACACCAACAUGGGGUGGAUACCCUAGCAUUCAUGCCGCAUACCAGCUCCAUGGAUCUUUUAAGUCUACCAUAACAUCAUGCGCACCGGUUCAACCUUUGUUUAGCAGCAACAGUUUAAAGAUAUUGUCCUCAGACAUAAGCACUCUGAUACACUCACCAAACAGCCCCUCUCCACCUCCAAGUCAUAAGAGUAAUGUGCUGGCCAUGGAGGAGCUCGUUGAGAAAGUGACAGGAAAAACUGUAGUAAAGAAGGAAAAGGAAGAAAAUCUGGUUGAGAAUAAGUGCAAGUCUGCUAAGUCGCCAUUGCCAAAUCCUAAGGACAAACGGGCUUCACCCAAUCCAGAUGCUGCCUUGAAGGUGAUGAAGAUGACAGCAUUAGAGGAACAGAUUGUUUCAAAAAGCAAAGAAGAGCAGACAGAGACUAAGGCAGAGACACAGAUAAAGAGUGAAGUUGAAUCACCAAAAAGGCCCGUAAGCAAUGGCUGCAAUAACUUCAGUAUCAUCACAGAUCACUCACCUGAACAACCCCUUGUCAACCCUCUCAGUGCUUUGCAGUCUAUUAUGAACAACCACUUAGGCAAAGCUUCAAAAGUAGCAACCCCCUUCAUAGACCCAUUUUCGAUGCUGUAUAAGAUCAACAACAACUCCACUCAGAUGAAGUCUCCAGAACCUGAGAGUCAGUACCAUGGUGACAAUGAUCAGCCCAUGGACUUAACCAAAUCCAAAAACGCCAACAUAGGUUCACCCAAGGGUACGUGUACAUUAAACAGCAAUGGCAGUGUUAACAACAGCAAACUUGCCUUCAAAAAUUUCUCACAAUCUUCAUCUUUGCCUUUGCGGGAGAAUGCUUUGAUGGACAUUUCAGACAUGGUCAAAAAUCUGACCGGUCGUCUGACACCAAAGUCUACGACCCCUUCCUCUGUGUCUGAAAAAUCAGAUUUUGAUGGCUGUACUUUUGAGGACAGUUUGGAGGAUCUGUCUCCCAUUCAAAGACGGAAAGGCAGACAGUCCAACUGGAAUCCCCAGCAUAUCCUAAUUCUCCAGGCCCAGUUUGCCUCGAGUCUAAGGGAGACUCCAGAGGGAAAGUUUGUGGUCAGUGACUUGGGGCCCCAAGAAAGGGUUCACAUCUGUAAAUUUACUGGUCUUUCCAUGACUACUAUCUCCCAUUGGCUGGCCAACGUGAAAUACCAGUUAAAGCGUACAGGAGGCACAAAGUUCCUGAAAAACAUUGAAUCUGGCCAACCACUGUUUUUGUGCAGUGACUGUGCUUCCCAGUUUAGGACUCCCUCCUCUUACAUUCACCAUUUGGAGACCCAUCUUGGGUUUACAUUGAAGGACCUCUCAAAGCUUUCCAUAGAUGUAUUAGAGCAGCAAACAGUCAGCAGAAUAGAGGAAAAGAAUUUCAGUUCCUCUGGACCUACUGAAGAGGACACUGGCGCAAUAUAUCAGUGCAAAUUGUGCAAUCGGACAUUUGCCAGCAAACAUGCAAUCAAAUUGCACCUUUGCAAAACACAUGGAAAGUCACCAGAGGAUCAUCUUAUCUUUGUGAAAGAAUUGGAAAAGUUUGACAAACAAUGAAGAUAAAGCUGAUAGCAUGACAGUUUACUGUUGCACUAUAUCUCUAAGCUACAAUCUGUCAUUUUAGAUAGUGCCACAACUGUAUCAAGUGUUGUUGUUAUGACACAUAUUGUAAUGAAAACAUGGUAGCUUUAAUACCACAUACUGUAUUUACUGAGUUAUCCAUAACUGAUGAGACUCUACAUUGCUGAGGCUCAAAGCUAUGUUGUAAAAGUUGACUUUUUGGUAAUACAAACUUACAAAAAUGAUGCAGCAACCAUGGCACUAUGUAGUCACUGACUGAUUGUUGCUUUUCUAAUGCACUGCAUCUUAACUGAGCCUUUGGGAAAUGACCAUCUGUUGUUUUAAAACUGGACCAUGCUCUUAUAUUGAUCACUAUUUGAAGUUUUUAUUUUAGAUAAAUAAAUUCAACACAACCUGCAUAUAAUUUAUACAAAAGUUUGUUGUUUUGCAUGUUACUUUGUAAAAUGUAGGCAUAUUGUGUGUCAUGAAAUUUCAACCAUGAUGAGAAAAACGGGUAUCCCUGUUACAAAGAAAUUGUGAAUAUCUGUUGGUGUUUAUAUGAAGGAAUAUUGAGAAAAAAGCAGCCAUGUGAAAGUCGAAUUUCAAAAAUGUGUGGAUGGUUAAGCACUUUAAGGAAGGGUAAAUUGAUGAAGAAAUGUGAAAAAAUCAUAACACAUCACCCCUUUGAGUCUUGAUUCCCUUGAGCAACAUUGCAUCUUGGAGGACUAACAAUAAUGCUAUUCUUUAUUUGACAUAAAAAACAGAAAAUCUUAAAAAUGGUAAGCAUAUGUGUUUCUGUAGUAACUAUAAUUUCCUGGCUGUUUCAACAUGUACAGUAUUUGCGUUUGUAGGCUACCAAUUUUAUUAUUGUGAAGCUGCAGUUGUAUAAUUAAUGAAGUUUAAAACUUACUGUAUGAAUAAUGGCAAGUAUGUAUACAUGUAUGUUAACAUAUCUUGCUCUUUACAUUUCAACAUAAUUUGUACUGUGUGCAUUUUUAUAUUGUUUUUUUCUAGACAAAUAUGGGGAAAUUGUAUAAAACUACAUAAUAUUGUUGGACCACUAUGUCCUUUUUUAGUAGAAAGCUGGUCCUUCAGUGUGGUUUACAUAAAAUGACAGAACUUUACUGGCAUCUUCUUUGAUGUAUGGUACUGUACAUAACAUUAAAAAAAAUAAUUCUCACCCAAAAAUAGAUUUCCAGGUUUUAUCACCCACGAAUUAUUCAGUAUGACAUUCUUUUAUUCUCAGUUGUAAAAUAAACUCCAUGU